UCUCAACACAACUUGCUGCCGUCUUUUGCUUCGCCCAUUUUCUGGACGUCUCCUCCGAGUUCCACCUGCUCUCCACAUGCCAGAUAGCCGAGAAAGAGCCCCUCUUCAUCGUCCCUUGUCCACUCAACGCUCUUGCCACACCAUCUUGACAACUCUCCAGGCAACAUAAAGGAAGGUAUCCCUGUUUACUUCCUCUGUAAGUCAAUUGUACGACCGUUCCACCGCACGAGAAUCUUUUUGAAGCUUUUCUCUUGCAACGCUGCACCAGCAAAUGUAUGCCGCCUUUCCUCUCUCCAAGCGCUCCUUCAUAGCGCGAUGACCACCACCACAUCAGCUCGCAUGUCAUCUAGUCAAUCGCAGACAUUUUCAAAAUUGUCCUACACCAAUGCAAGCAUAUCAGAAGGCCAUGAGAAUCUACCAAGCCUUCCAGAGACAGAUAGUUGCAGUCUGCCUACACAGAAACUGACGAAGGAUUCAAAUGCAGAGCUUGGUGGAGAUAGAGGAAGCUCUGAAGAACACCAGCAGUGCCAACCUCGACUGACUAUUCGACAACUCCGAGAACAGGCCCAGAAUAAAAUUCUGGAGCAGCAUGCCAAACAGGUCCAGCAGGAGAAGGAUAGCCAACCUUCAAGCAUAGCUCGGCCUGUGCAGCAACAACAGCAAAAGAAGAAGUCUUCGGUAUUCGGUGGGCUGUUCCAGAAGGAGCCGUCACAGGCAGCAUUAGAUCAGGUUAAGGCACAACUAAAAGCACAGCAUGGUUCGACCAGCGCUACAAAAGUUCCCAAUGUGAGCCUGGAGCAGAUGCCCAAGCAUGUACCUAAAGUCAACUCAAAAUGGGAUGGCAUUCCCGACGGAGUCAAGAAAAGAGAGAAAGAAAGAAAAGCUAGAGAGAAGGAGCAAGACAAAUUUGCUGGCGCAAACUCCCUUCCCUUCUAUGAUUCCGGCUAUCACAGUCGCGAAGGUCGAGACAGAGACCGAAGGCGGCUCGACAGCCGAAGCUCCAGCUCAACCACUGGCUCAUUUGGCCGAUAUGAAGACCGUGGAUCAAGCAGCUCUCGUACUAAUUCAACACGAGCUCAUUACUACGCACCAUCAGUCAAUUCCUCAGGGGAUCUGGCGUCGCAACAACGAUCGGAUUUGUCUCGUCCUACAACCUUGUCUUUUGAGUCAAAUGCCGCUAGCAUGGGUUCUGAAGAUGAUGUACCGCAUUCGCUCUCUGCCGCUGUUGAUCAAGAGGUAAGCUCAGCAGCACCAGUCUCAUUACACCAAAUUCUCCAAUCGUGCACGGAGGACGAUUGCGAGGAUGACGACGAAGUCAACCUAGCAUCUUCCGGGCCUGGAGUUCUAGGCUCACAUGCUGCUUUCAAAAGUAACCGCGACUCAAUUGGCCCAGGUUUCCUGGCCGGUGAAGCAGAAGCAUUGGUUUUCCCGAACAAGAACGAAAACGAUCAGCAAUCUUCGACGAACUAUUCAUCUCCCCGGAAUGGAAAAGUCAGCAACCAAGCAGCAUUGAAGACCUCGUCUUCGAGUUCGCGACAUCUCCACCCCCCCGCACAAGACAAGAAGAAAUCGCCUGCUCGAGGUUCUAUGUCUAUAUCUGAAAGCAGUUCGCGAGGUACAGCAAGUCCACGCACCAAAUUAUCUAGUUCAUUUGGCCUGUUCAGCAAAGAGAAAGAACACCGCACCAAAUAGCUGGGAAAGAGGAUGAAGAAUGAUUUUCCGUGAUUUUCCGUUGCACUCUCUCCAAUUUAUUCUCUCAACGACGAAAAUGCAAUCAUGAAAAGUUGAGCAUUCAUGAGUUUAGCAAGGCGCUAUGGAGGAGCCUCUCAAACGUGUGUUAUGGCUAAGCGGUACGAUCUUUUUAAAAGUAAAAUACCCCCACAAGCAAAGAUACCAUUUAUACGUAGGCCAAUGAUCAAUAUGCU